AUGGAGACCUAUGCCUUACGUAGCUUUGAAGAGAAAUGUCUUGACUAUCGACUGGUAUUAUUUGAGGUUGGAUGCCAUAGUGUGGUUUGGGAAUGCUUCGGCGUUGUACUCCAUAAGUAUUUUCCACAUUUUUCUCCUUCUACAGUACAAACAUUCAACGAAAAUUUUAGCGUAGAACAAGCUCUCACAAGCAUACCAACAUGUGCCGCACACGAUCGUGCUAAUCAGCAUGCCCUUCUUACCGUUCUCAAAACAUGGGCUCUUUUUGCUCGCAAGAACAACCUGCAAUACUGGAUAUGUUAUGUAACCCUCAUUGGCUAUGUUCAACGAGGUGGCCUAUUACCACAUGAUCGUGAUGUAGAUGUGUCGAUAAUGGGUCAAGACACAUCUCAACUAGUGGCACUUGCUUCUUUGAUCAAUUCGAAUUUGAUAUCGUUGGAUUCGAACAUAUACAAACUUACCGUACAUCCCCAGUGGUACAUUGUCGGAUGGUUUACUCGAUCGUAUUUUCGAUUGCAAGGUAGUAAUUUCGUCGCACCCAAUGCGCGAUUCAUUCAUCGAAAGACAGACGCCUACGUUGAGAUUUGGCCCGUUUAUAAUUAUCAUCCUGGUCAAUCAGAAAAUUCGACAAACACAUCAUCAAUUCUUAGUGAAUAUGAUGGAAACUACGAGUGGAAAUCCUAUGCGAGAAAUUGGACUUUUCCAUUAAAUCCAUGUAAAUUUAGUGGAAUUCAGGUAUGGUGUCCAGCACAGCCCAGAGAACUUGUGGCUGCCUUCUACGGACGAAGCGCUGUAUAUAAAUCAGACACAUCAUGUGUCAAUGGCACAUGGAGAAGCAACUAA